CCCGAGAGCUCCUGCCGCCCGGCGCCGCCGCCAUUUUGGUGCUCGGCUCUGAGAGGGGAGGGAACCCAGCGGAGAAAGUGGGAGCGCGGCGCCUCUGCCUCCCCCGCCCCCCGUCUGGCUCCGGCCUGAGGCACCACACCAGGCUGCUUUUGCCACCUUUCCGGGCCGCUUGUCCUUGUCGGCCGCUGCUGCUCUCCGCCACCCGCCCGGCCGGGCCCGCCGCAGGCCUGAGAGAGAGGCGGGAAGGAUGCCCUGCACACCCCGCCGCUGAGGGAGACUCGGGGGCCCUGACCGCCGCGUCUGGCCAGCCCCACCCCAGCCACUCCUCGGUUCUUCGCCUCCAGAGGCACGGAGCUUCUUUCUCCCUUAUCCACCUUUCCCUGGGCUUCCUAUCUUCUGGGCCGGGCACUAGCCGCUUCCUCCUAGCCCCCAGCCCGCUCCGCCUCCCAGGCCUCCUUGCUGAGGCCUUCCCUUCCCUUCUCCGGGUUUCUUCCUCCACCUGGACCUUCGGGCUCUUCACCUUACUUCCCCUUCUCCCUUCCCCUUCCCCUCCCGGAGCCAUGUCCUCCGCUGCUCGUUUCGAUUCGUCGGAUCGUUCCAGCUGGUACGUGGGCCCGGUGUCUCGGGCGGAGGCGCAGACGCGGUUGCAAGGGCAGCGGCAUGGCAUGUUCCUGGUGCGGGACUCGUCCACCUGCCCGGGGGACUACGUGCUCUCCGUGUCCGAGAACUCCCGGGUUUCCCACUACAUCAUUAACUCCCUGCCCAACCGCCGCUUUAAGAUCGGCGACCAGGAGUUUGAUCACCUGCCCGCCCUGCUGGAGUUCUACAAGAUCCACUACCUGGACACCACCACCCUCAUCGAGCCUGCGCCUAGGUAUCCAAGUCCACCAAUGGGAUCCGGAUCUGCCCCUGCUAUGCCCACUGCAGAAGAAAACGUGGAGUAUGUUCGGACUCUCUAUGACUUUCCUGGCAAUGAUGCUGAGGACCUUCCAUUUAAAAAGGGUGAGAUACUGAUAAUUGUAGAGAAGCCAGAAGAACAGUGGUGGAGUGCCAGAAACAAGGAAGGUCGGAUUGGGAUGAUUCCUGUUCCUUAUGUAGAAAAGGUAGUUGUAUCUUCUCAUGGGAAGCAUGGAAACAGGAAUUCCAACAGUUAUGGUAUUCCAGAACCUGCCCAUGCUUAUGCUCAGCCUCAAACCGCAAGUCCCCUUCCCUCUGUAUCCAGUACACCUGGAGCGGUGAUCAAUCCUCUGCCAUCAACACAGAAUGGACCAGUCUAUGCCAAAGCUAUCCAAAAGAGGGUACCCUGUGCUUAUGACAAGACUGCGCUGGCAUUAGAGGUUGGAGAUAUUGUGAAGGUUACAAGGAUGAAUAUAAACGGUCAGUGGGAAGGAGAAGUCAACGGUCGAAAAGGGCUCUUCCCAUUCACGCAUGUCAAAAUAUUUGACCCUCAAAACCCAGAUGAGAAUGAAUGAUUUCUUCUGCCCAAUUUACACUGCUGCUUCAUUUUCCUGGCUAUCAUUGGCAUUGUUUGAGGUGGGAUGAUGACUUAAUGGCACAUCGCUAGCAUUGCCCAUUUUCCAGCUUGAUGCAGUUUGACAGCUCUUUUCUUACACAUUUGGAAUACAUACCACUGAAGUCACUGUCUAACCUUCAUACCAUAGUUGUGUCAUCCAGAAUGUAGUUUCACUUUUAAAACUCUACUGGGCCUUAAGCUGGAGAGGAUUGAUAUAUAACAGAGAAGAAUGGGAAGAAAACCUUUCCUGUUGAGACUUCCAUGGACUUUCUCUGGCUUGCUCAGUAGGAAGAGCCCUAAUCUUAGAUCAAACCUGCAACUUGUGCAUUACUGUUCAACAAAAAGCAACAACAAAAAUGCAAUUUUAGGACUGAAGAAGACUUAAUUUUAAGAGAACCUGUCUGAAGGUAGUACACUUAAAAUAACGGUCUCUUUAAAGGAUGAUAAUUGAAGCUUAUGUAUUCUAAGCAGUUGUAUUAGAAGCUGCUCUUUUCUGUUAACUCUUAAGCUUGUUGUUGACCUUCCUGAAACGGUGUGUAUUAAAUGCAAAUAACCAUUGAUUGAGCUGCAUUGAAGCUGAGGCAUUUAUUUAUAAGGAAACUUAGGAGGGGUGGAUACUUGCAAUCUGCUUUUGACAUACUUAAUGCAUUUCUGUUGACUUUUGCAAGCACUAACUGCAGAAUGUGAGCUUUAAAGGGAAAGACUUUGGCCUAAUCUAUAUAGAGCUCUUCUGCAGUGUUGAAAGUAUAGUUUUACUAGUGUAGAAGUGCUUGUCACCAAGCUGUUACUUGAUAGACAAAUUGAUCAGAUUGCCAUGGUAUGGAGAGGUAGGAGUGGAGUGGGACAGAAGAAUUUCCAAUACUGAUAGAAUCCUCUUAUUUAAACAUAUACCUUUUAUACCCAUUUCUCUACAGGCUCCCUUAUCUCUCCAAAGUUUCCUAGCUAUGCCAGCCCCAGCUUGUUGAAAGCUUGUUUUCAAACACAGUACCUUUUUUUCUGGGGUGUUUCCAUGUUGCUGUGCUUUUCCAGAGCUGCUUUCAUCUUCUUUUUUUUUUUUCUCCUUUCCCCUCCCUCUUUUCCUUGCCUGCAUCCCAAGCCCUCUGCAUGCUGCCAUCUUCCCCCCCCCCCCAAAUGAGUUGGCUCUGGUUUAUAUAUGCCCCAGAUUCCCCUGCUCCCAGCAUCUUCUAGAAGAUGGUUAAUUGGAGUCAGCUGCCUGGGUUCCCACAUGUGAUAAAUUAAUGCUCAGGCUGGAGGAGGCCACAAAGGUGUCUUAUUAUCAGAAUAGCUUCUUUCCCUUUUUCUGUACACAAGCUAUACUGCUGUAAUGGUACUUACAGUAGGGAGCUAUAUGGCUGCAGCUAAAUAAGUACAGCCCAUGCCAGCAGGUUAAGUUCUCAGCCUGUGUACAGGAUAUGAAAACUUAGGUACAGUGGUAGCCUGUGCCACCUUCUUUACAUGUGUUUUGUAGGUGAACUGGAAUGCUCCUUUAAAAAUAAUUGAACACUGAAUUGACAGAAUACAUGUCUGCAAAGACUACAACUAACCUCCCUUUUUGGACAGCCUGGUUAAAGAAAAAUGCCUGUUGUAGAAGCUGACAGGAAAACAGCAGCCCCCCAUUUUUUUUCUCAACUUUUGAAGCCUGUCAGUUGUAGCAAAAUGAGAAACUUCAGACACCUGCAGAAUCUCACUAGUUCUUACAAAUGUCAAGUUAUAUAGAAGCUGUCUUAAGUUCCAGCAUGUUUUCUCAUUGAUUUGUGUCGCUUGAUCCUAAUAAAAGCAUGUUGUUCUUAAGCUCAUGUGGAAGUGCUAUGAGAUCGUUAAUUUGAAGGCACUGAAGAAAUGCAGAAAUGGUGUUUGCAACAAGACAUUCAAAAUGCUGUUGGUUUUUUUUUCUUUUUCUUUUUUAAAAAAAGAAGCCUCUCAAUUCAUUUGUUAGUUAUUUUCUGUAGUAUUGACGAAGUGGCUGACAGUCUAGAAGUUCUUGUAGACCAUUUCACUACCAAAUUAACUGUGAAGUAGAGUAGCAUUGACUGAAGUGUUUGGUGCUCUAAGAGGAAUUCUUGACAACAGGCAUUGAUGUUUUGUCUUGCAAAGAAAAGCUAUGCAGCUCUCUUAACUAAAAAACAUCAUGCUGCUUCUGUGCCCCAACUAUACCCCUAAGUUUACUACAUAGAUUGUACUACUGAAAGUCAUCUUUUGAAUACAGAAACUGCACUAAACUCAGUCUGCUGCAGAGAAAUUGUUAUUUCAGACCUGACCUAGUUACAGGCAGCUCUUCAGAAGACUGAUUGUAGGAUUCUUCCUUUGCAUGGUAAAUAAAUACUGCAAGAUUUGAGGUCUUGAACACAGCUUCUGACCUGGAUUUUUUUUUUUUUUCCACUGAAAUAAAUGUCUUGGCUCAUCCCCUCAUUGAAUAAGGUAUACACUUUGGACACAAGCAUUGUUUAAGGUUUAAUUAUGUUGUGAUACUGCAGAAAAGCAAAAUAUUUUACUUUCAAAACUAUGCAAAACUUGUGUAUAGUGGCAUCUGAUGCAAAGACAAGAAUUCUUAAAUUUCUUUGAACAUGGUUUUUGGCUACGGAUGAACAGUGCUUCUCUGAGUAGCAGCGGUGUGGUUCAGGUAUGUUAAAUGUAGUUUAAAUGUAGCAUACUGACCAGCCUAAGCUGGUUGUAACCUUGCUUCAAAACGUGUCUUUGCUAUUUUACUCUGAGCCAAGUAUUUUCAUAUAAAGACUGCAUUUGAUCAGUUUGUGUUUCUCUUUGAAGGACUCUGGAUUCUCAAUCACUUGUUGCUUCCUUACAUGUGUGCUGUCUGUUGCUUUAUGAAGCCUCUUAAAUUUGAGCGAUAACCUAUCAGUGUAAGUGUUCCUUGGGCAUGUAAGGUAUACUUUCAUAGGAAGCAUGAGAGCCUAUAAAUGAUGGCUUCAAUCUAUGCACCCUUAAACUUGUUCUUGCUCUUGAAUUAGGAGCUGGUUUAAUUACCUGGUGCCACAAUAGCAGUUACCUGUCAUGAAAGGCUUACUGUUUGGCUUUCUCCUCUUGUGUACGUGUGUAUAUAGAUGUUGAACCCUCUGACCAGCCUCUCAAAGUUUAAAUGAAAACUGUUUUAAUAGUGUCCAUCACUGGAUAAGCGCUAAUUUAACUCAUGAUUGUUUACAAAUUGGGAAAGAAUAAACAAAAGGGAAUAUUCCCUUUGGGGCUCUCAAGAGCCUGAGCAUUAUUUCUGUAAAGGGAAAAACAGCAUUUUUUGUGCCAUUUCAUGUGCCUGUAAAGUAAUUUUUUAUAUGUAUUAACAUCCUGGGACUGAGUGGGCUGCCUUUGUCUUCUAGUCAAGUUUCCAAGCAUUUUCCUCAAUACCUGCAUUUGAAAGUGAGACCUGCCUAAAAGACUGCCUUUUGGGACCAGUGAAAGCAUUCUUGUAGAGUUGUUGCUUUCUGUUUGUGUUAAAUGUAGUGUGUUUUGGGAUAAGGAUACAGUUAUUGCAGUGGGAAAGGUGGCCUUGUAUUUGAGACAGUCUUCACUGUGUAAACUUUAAAACACAAUAUGUAAUUUAAAGACCAUGAUCUUCCGGCAAUAAUAUCAAAUGUAAGCUUUUAAAGUUUAUUUUGGGGAUCAUAGCUUGUUUUAUUUUUUUUGUGCUACAAAAUUAACAGUAUUAAAUGAAUUAUAUUCUUAGACUAUAUGGAGUGUCUUUUCUUAAGAUUAGUGCCUUUUUAAUUUCUUACUCCACUUAGUUCAUAGAACUGGUCCCAACAUCAAGCCACUGUUCUUUUUGUCCCAGUGCCCUGUUUGUACAGUCUAAAUAAAACUUGCCUCAACUUACA